AUCAUCCAUCGGAACAGCAGAUCGGAUCGGCGACAAAAUGAAUGACCGUGAAUUGAGCUGCAAUGCGGGCGGCCAGUUUAUGGAUCGCGGACGAAUGAAUCAGAAUGGCGUUGUCCAGCCAUUGCUAACCGAUUUAUAUCAAAUAACAAUGGCAUACGCAUACUGGAAAUCGGAUAAGAUCGACGAUCAGGCGGUAUUCGAUCUAUUCUUUCGAAACAAUCCAUUCCAUGGUGAAUUCACCAUAUUCGCUGGCCUAGAGGAGUGCCUCAAAUUCCUGGAUAGCUUCCACUAUUCCCAAAGCGAUAUUGAAUACCUCAAGCAAACACUGCCCGAGGGCAUUGAGAAUGAGUUUUUCGAGUACUUGGGCAAUCUAACAGCGCGGGAGGUCACCUUGUAUGCCAUUGAUGAGGGCACUGUGGCAUUUCCACGUGUGCCCAUCAUUAAGAUUGAGGGACCCCUGAUCAUUGUACAGAUCCUGGAGACCACACUCCUAACUCUAGUCAACUAUGCUAGUUUAAUGGCCACAAAUGCAGCCAGGUAUCGCAUGGUAGCCGGCAAACAUGUCAACCUAUUGGAAUUUGGACUGCGUCGUGCCCAGGGGCCCGACGGGGGCCUAUCCGCAUCGAAAUAUUCCUACACAGGUGGCUUUGAUGGCACCUCCAAUGUGCUCGCAGGCAAACUCUUCAACAUCCCCGUUAAGGGCACCCAUGCCCAUGCAUACAUCACGAGCUUCAGCAGCAUUGGAGAGCUCAAGACGCGUCUUCUCAAGCACAAGCAAACGGGUGUGAUGGAGGAUCUGUUGGAGCAUGCAGUCAGGCAUCGUGGGAUGUUGUCCCAUGUCUUGGAUGUCUCCACGGAGGAGUCCAGUGAGGGAGAACUGGCUGCAAUGGUCUCAUAUGCCAUUGCAUUUCCGGAUGGAUUUAUGGCACUUGUCGAUACGUACGAUGUUAAGAGCCGAGAAACAGAACAACUUACACAAGAUCUUCUAUCGAGUACCCAAAAUGAUAUCAAAUCAAAAAAAGACGGCAAAAGCGGCAGUCCGUCAAAGCCGCAGAGCCACACUGUAAAUGGCCAAAAACAGAGACAGCCAAUAACGAAUGGCAAGAGCCAGUCAUCAGCCAAUAAACACAAGACACACAAUCACAAAUGCCAUCAGAAUGGUACUGCUUCACAGAACGGUGGUAGUGGUGGUGUUGGUAGUAGUAGAUCGCCCGUUAAAGAUACAAUAUACGAUACGAAUCUCAGCACAACAACAAAAACAGCUGAAACAACAACAACUGCUACAGCAACAGCCACAACGUUAACAAGAACAACGUCCAAUGGGACGGCAUACCUACCAAAAUAUGUCGAGAAGUCAUUCAGGAGCGGUCUGCUGAAUUUUAGUGCCGUGGCUUUGGCCCUCAACGAUUUGGGCUAUCAUGCACUGGGCAUAAGGAUUGAUUCGGGAGACUUGGCAUAUCUCAGCUGUUUGGCGCGAGAGACCUUCGAGAAGGUGGCCGAGCGCUUCAAGGUGCCAUGGUUCAAUAAGCUGACUAUUGUGGCCUCCAAUGACAUUAACGAGGAUACUAUCUUGAGCCUAAAUGAGCAAGGACAUAAGAUUGAUUGCUUUGGCAUAGGCACGCAUUUGGUGACCUGUCAGCGUCAGCCUGCCUUGGGCUGUGUCUACAAGCUGGUGGAGAUCAAUGGCCAGCCCAGGAUCAAGCUGAGCCAGGAUGUGGAGAAGGUCACCAUGCCGGGGAAUAAGAAUGCCUAUCGUUUGUACAGUGCCGAUGGACAUGCACUCAUUGAUCUGCUGCAGAAGGUCUCGGAACCCCCACCAGCUGUGGGCCAGAAGGUGCUGUGUCGUCAUCCGUUCCAGGAGUCAAAGCGCGCCUAUGUCAUACCCUCGCACGUGGAGUCGCUGUACAAGGUGUACUGGAAGUCGGGCAAGAUAUGCCAGCAGUUGCCGACUCUCGAGCAGGUGCGCGAAAAGGUGCAAAUCUCAUUGAAGACGCUGAGGAAUGAUCACAAGCGUACGCUGAACCCAACGCCCUACAAGGUUUCCGUCAGCGAUAACUUGUACAAUUUCAUUCACGAUCUGUGGCUGCAGAAUGCACCCAUUGGCGAGCUCUCAUGAUCUAUAUAAGGAUUGGGGGACCUACGAUUGAUUUCGUGCUGAAAGAAGCAGAGAAACAUUUCCGAAAAAACGUACUUUUAUUGAUGUAGAAUGUUUUUAUUGAUUCGCUCAUCAUCCAAUCAUUUUCGAUGAUGAUUUUUAGUCAUUUGCUGGUCAUAUGAAUUAUAGAAUUUGAUACCUUACCCUCCGUUGGAGUACUAAUUCCGUAACGAAUUUUCGUGUUUAUAUCAAUUCGUUGUGUAGUCAAUAGAUUUUAAUUUGUUUAAAAAUUAAAUAACGCUAUCAUAUGAAACGCACAUUAUAUUCAGGAAUGUGUCCAGGUGCCUUAUAAAAGAAAAUAACCAACAACAAAACAAGAGAAGACGAGCCAAACUCAGAUCAAAACAGAAAGAAAUAGCAACCAAGGAAGGAACGAGCAGUGAGAAAGAACAAACGAAAUCAAGAUGUAUUUAAUAGUUUUUCUAGUACUUAAGUGUUGAAAAUGUUGCUAAUUAACGAAAGUUAAAAGUACAAAUGCUGUUUAGUACAUUUGCAUGCAAUAUAGGGCACACAUUCAAGCACACACACACAACUAUCUAUAUAUACUCUUUAUAUUCAUAUAUAUAUAUAUAUAUAUAUAUAUAUACUAUACCUAACUUUACAUAUUAUGUUUAUGUAUUUAACGAAAAUUCAAUUGUAAAUAUGUUAAAAUUCAUAAUUGUAAGCCCAAUUGUAAGCAAUUCACGAGUAGACGCCAACCACUCGCAGACACCCCCACUCCAGAACCCACAACCACCUCAAAAAUAAACCCCACUCAAAGACCGCUUCAAAAAACAAAAAAAAACUUCAAUCUGUUGCCUGUAGUUUUGAUUUAAAAUAAAAUAAAAAACUGAAGGAAGCCACGAAA